AUGGAAGGGUUUAAGGAUGUAGAUCAUAAUGUGGAAGACAUAAUGGGUUUAGAACAGAUAGCCGAUGGAGACCAGUAUAUGGAAAUGUUAAUGUUUGUGACCGGUUACAUAUGUUUGCUCGCUCAAAGCUAUAAUCUUAUUCUAUUCGAUAAUGAUAUGUCAUCAUGGUUUUCGAAUAAAGAUUGUCGUGUGCAUUCUUGCUGGCAGCACUUGUGUAGGAAAGAAGCUAGUAAAAUCAAGUUUUUACAUGUUUUACAAAGUUGGGAUGAAGAUAUAAAAGACCAGCGACGGUUGUGUGUCCAUUUCAACACUUUAUUUGCCAUAAAAGAAGUGUAUGAUUCAAUAAAAAGUGAUUGUCCAUCCAAUGUCCGUUCUCUCCUCUGUUAUGGUCCUGUCCACCCUUAUCCCGUGCCAAUACCUGCCAUGAAUUUGAAGUUGCUUAGGGUGUUAGAUGCUCUUACGGUCAGAUUUUAUCAGAUCCCACUUGAAAUUAUAAAACUGGUUUGUCUAAAGUAUCUUUCCCUAAAUUGCAACAUUGAGCUCCCUGCUUCUAUAUCCAACCUUUUACACCUUCAGUUCUUGAUUAUCCAUCAAUAUGUGCGCAUUAUAAAGUGCGGAGUUCUUUCAUGUAUGCCAAUGGAAAUAUGGGACAUGCAAAACCUACAAUAUCUUAAUGUCCAGGGAAGAGACAUGCCAACUCCGAAUUCUAAUUCUAAUGCUAUUUUGGACAAAGUCUAUUUUCUUGCAGGCGUGGGUACAAAGAGUUGCACUAGAGAAAUACUUAAAAGAAUUCCGAAUUUAAGGUCUCUAUACAUUUCUAUUGUGAGGAAGCCUUAUGAUGAAGACAAUGAUAGCAACCCAUUGAGUGAAUUGGCUAAUAUCUCAGAGGAACUCCAGAAUUUGAUGUGUCUUUCAUAUGCUGUACAACAACCUGAUAUGAAGUGGGAGGCUAUGGUUCCUCUUUCAAUGUUCCCAUCAAGUCUAAGAGUAUUGACGUUGGGUGGUUUAGGGUGUCCUUGGCAUUACAUGAACUACAUUGGUUCGAUGCUACCAAAUCUUAUUGCCCUUAGCUUAGAACAUUACGCUUUUCGAGGCCCAGUGUGGGAUAUAGAAUUGAGAUGUUUUUUGAAGCUUGAGACACUUAUAAUUGAAGACACUGAUUUGGUGGAAUUGAGAGCUCAAGAUGGAAGCCUCCCUUGGCUUAAGCAUCUAAGCCUGCGAUACUGCUACAAAUUGAAACAUCUCGAUUGGUUGUGUGGUAACUCAGAGGAAACACCUUUCGUAGCUACCAUUCUUAUAUGUGAUGAGAAGUCGCAGCCGGACUCUCAACUUGUUAACAGGUUUACGGUGAAGGAUAUUGUAUCAUGGAACUCUGUUCUUGCUGCAAAUGCUAGAAACGGGGAGCUUGAUUAG